CUUUCUUGAUAUCCUGGACCCAGAUAUUGCACUUGAAUUACUAUCCAAAAUCCACAAUGUCGAAGUCGAAUGGCGUCAGCCUGGCAUUCCCCGCUGAAGCAGCGACAAAGGAAUAUGCAGCAUCUCUAGACUCUUCUGACAGACUUGCUGCAUUUCGGGAGAAGUUCAUCGUCCCAUCAAAAGCAAAUAUUGCUUCCAAAAAGCUAGCAAAGCCUGGCCUUUCGCCCGAGUCAUGCAUUUAUUUCUGCGGUAAAUCACUUGGCAUUCAACCCAAGGCCACAGCAAAGUACUUAGAAGCACAGUUGGACACUUGGUCAUCUAUUGGAGUUGGCGGCCACUUCACUGAUCUUGAGGGCUCACCCUUGAAGCAAUGGCAGCUGCUCUCAGAGCAAGCAGCUGAUUCAAUGAGCAAGAUUGUGGGAGCAAAGCCAGAAGAAGUCGCAGCGAUGGGAACACUUACAACGAACCUUCAUCUUCUGCUGGCUAGUUUCUAUAAGCCGACUCAAACAAAACACAAGAUCUUGAUGGAUUGGAAGGCUUUCCCAAGUGAUCACUACGCUAUCGAAUCUCAUAUUGCCUGGCAUGACCUGGAUCCUAAGGAGUCUAUGGUGCUCAUCGGUCCAGAUGAAGGCGAAUACGAGAUAUCCACCCAGAAGAUUUUCUCUUAUAUCGACAAGCAUGCUGAUGAGGCUGCUAUGAUUCUUCUUCCUGGUAUUCAAUAUUAUACUGGACAACUGUUCGAUAUCCAGAAAAUUACAAAAUAUGCCCAUUCGCGCAACAUGGUUGUUGGCUGGGAUCUGGCCCAUGCCUUCGCUAAUGUUGAGCUAAAGCUGCAUGAUUGGAACGUUGAUUUUGCAGCAUGGUGCACGUAUAAGUACGGAAACGCCGGUCCUGGAGCAAUGGGGGGCCUUUUCGUGCAUGAACAACACGGAGAGGUCGAUUACAGCGCGGGAGAAGAUGCACCCAAAUUCCGCCAUCGUCUGACCGGGUGGUAUGGUGGCGAUCGAUCGGUAAGAUUCAAGAUGGAUAACAAGUUCAAACCUAUUCCUGGGGCAGGAGGGUUUCAGAUAUCAAAUCCUUCGGCCAUCGACCUUGCGUGUCUUUGUGCCGCUCUAUCGGUGUUUGAUGAGACGUCAAUGGCAGAUCUUCGCAGGAAAUCAGUGAAGCUAACAGCAUACCUUGAGUUCCUUUUGCUCAGGGAUUAUGAAGAAGGAUCUAGGCCGUUCAGCAUUAUCACGCCCAAGGACCCCGAGGCGAGAGGCGCACAACUGAGUCUAUUACUCAAGCCUGGUCUAUUACAGAAUGUUGCACAGAAGUUGCAAGAAGCAGGAAUAGUCUGCGAUAAACGGGAGCCGGGUGUCGUGCGUGUCGCUCCGGUUCCUUUGUACAACAGCUUCAGCGAGGUUUGGACAUUUGUGAAGAUCUUCAAGGAUGCACUGCAGCAGUGAUGGGUUUCACUAGAUCAUUUGGUCAGGACUGAGACCAGUUCUGUCAAGUUCGCUCCGAUGAAUUAUUUUGAAGAUAGAUACCAAAUUAUUUGAUUCCUAGAUUUGAAAGCUUGAAGCUCUCACUGCGACAUGGUCCACAGCCACUGUGCAAAAGCA